AUGGCGUCGAAGAGAAAGGCGACGGCUAUGGCGCCCGAGGAUGAAGACCCGAUAGAUCCUUCCGACGAGCUCAUGUUCCUCUGUUUAGGAGGCGGCAACGAGGUUGGUCGGUCGUGUCACAUCAUCCAGUACAAGGGCAAGACCGUCAUGCUUGAUGCCGGUAUGCAUCCCGCACACGAAGGCUUGUCAGCCAUGCCAUUUUACGAUGACUUCGAUCUCAGCACCGUAGACGUGCUACUAAUUUCACAUUUCCACGUCGACCAUGCUGCAUCUCUACCCUAUGUACUUGCGAAGACCAACUUCAAGGGCCGCGUAUUCAUGACACAUCCGACCAAGGCCAUCUACAAAUGGCUCAUCCAAGACUCUGUCCGUGUCGGUAAUAUGUCGAGCAAUUCCGAGACCAAGAUCCAAAUGUACACCGAGGCGGACCAUCUCAACACCUAUCCUAUGAUUGAGUCAAUCGACUUUUACACCACCCACACCGUAUCCGGUGUACGGAUAACACCAUACCCAGCUGGACACGUACUUGGAGCGGCCAUGUUUCUUAUGGAGAUUGCAGGCCUAAAGAUACUCUUCACCGGCGACUACUCGCGGGAAGACGAUCGACAUUUGGUAUCAGCUUCAGUACCUCCAGGCGUAAAGAUCGACGUCCUCAUCACCGAGUCAACAUUCGGUAUCUCGAUGCAUACGCCACGUGUCGAGCGAGAGGCACAGCUCAUGAAGGCUAUUACCGACGUGCUCAACCGCGGAGGUCGUGCUCUACUUCCAGUCUUCGCCCUGGGUAGAGCCCAGGAACUUCUUCUCAUUCUCGACGAAUACUGGAGUAAGCAUCCAGAAGUUCAGAAGAUACCCAUAUACUACAACUCCAGCUUAGCUCGGAAGUGUAUGCAGGUCUACCAAACGUACGUCUCGGCCAUGAACGACAACAUCAAACGUCUCUUCGCCGAGCGCAUGGCCGAAGCCGAAGCCGCGGGAGACACCGGUCGACGUGGAGCUUGGGAUUUCAAGUUUGUCCGUUCACUCAAGAGUCUGGAGCGUUUCGACGAUCUGGGUGGAUGUGUCAUGCUUGCGUCGCCGGGUAUGAUGCAGUCUGGCACAUCGCGCGAGCUGCUUGAGCGAUGGGCUCCCGACCCAAGGAAUGGUGUCAUCAUUACCGGUUACUCCGUCGAGGGCACCAUGGCAAAACAAAUCGUUCACGAGCCGGACCAGAUCCCAGCAAUCAUGUCCCGCGCUAGUAACGCAGCACGCCGGCCAGGUCAGAGGGAGAAUGAGCAGGCCAUGAUUCCCCGACGGUGCACAGUCCAGGAGUACAGUUUCGCGGCGCACGUUGAUGGAAAAGAGAACAUGGAGUUUGUGCAAGAAGUCGCAGCUCCUGUCGUUAUUCUUGUUCACGGCGAAAAGGGUAAUAUGACACGCCUGAAGUCUAAGCUCCUUUCCUUCAACGCCCAGAAAGCCGUCCCCACGAAGAUUUACUCGCCCGCCAACUGCGAGGAACUCCGAAUUCCUUUCAAGACCGACAAGAUCGCCAAGGUAGUUGGAAAGCUAGCAUCUAUUGCUCCGCCUUUACCUCGCUCUCUGUCUUCCAAUGGUGAAGGUGAGGCUACUGAAGACCAAGAAGGGGAGAAGGUGGACAUGAUCAGUGGAGUUCUCAUCCAGAACGACUUCAAGAUCUCUCUCAUGGCGCCCGAGGAUCUCAAGGAAUAUGCCGGUCUGACUACAACCACCAUCAUGUGCCGUCAGCACCUUACCCUAUCAGCUGCUGGCAUCGAUCUCAUACGAUGGGCUCUUGAAGGAACCUUUGGUGCUAUCAAAGAGAGCAGUCUCACAGAUGCUGCCGUGGACGGCAAGAUGAAUGGCAACGGCACAGGUCACAAAGAGGAAGCAGACGAAGAAGUCAGCCGCACAGAAACAAAGUUCACAGUAAUGGACUGCGUAAACGUCCUAAUCAAGAACGGAGGAAGAGUAAAAGUAGAAUGGGAAGGCAACGUAAUCAACGACGGAAUCGCCGACGCCGUCCUCGCCGUCCUCUUCACAGUCGAAUCCUCACCAGCAGCUGUCCGACAAUCCUCAAAACAGCAUUCCCACAGCCACGCGCCCAAACAAGAAGCCGACGACAUCACCACCACAAAACUAACCCACCGCUUCAAGAACCCGCACCCCCACCGCACAACCGACCCCUCCACGCGCCUCGCCCGCCUCUUCCUCUUCCUCGAAGCCCAAUUCGGCGAAGAAGCCGUCCGCCCCAUCACCCUCCCCCGCAACAGCACCACAACCGCCACUACAAACGGCACUCCCGCUGCCGCCCACUCAGAUUCCAUGGAUACCUCCACGCCCGACGGCUCCGAACCAUCCAACAUCACCGCGUUUCCGCCUCCCAUUGCGCCUGACGACCAGUUGUCGGCGGAGGAUAAAGCGGAGUUGAAGCGGUUGCAUAAUUUGGGGAUUCCGGUUCCAGGCGUGGAGAUCAAGUUUGAUAAGUUUGUGGCGAAGGUUUGGUUGGAGGAUUUGGAGGUUGAGUGUGCGAAUAAAGCGUUGAGGGCGAGGGUUAAGGCUGUUGUUGAGAGGGGGGUUGAGACGGUUAGUGGGUUGUGGCGGUAG